AGGCGCUUGGAAAGCUUAAUUGUCAAGAAAACGCGGCCCCUCCGAUCGCAUAAAGAGGAAAACAGCAAACAAAAGGACGAUUUGGCAGGCAUUCAAUUACAGGCUGUUUCUGGGGGACUAUCAGGAGCGCACAAGAAAAUGUCAUCUGACAGCUUGUCAACCAAAGCCCUAAAGAUCAAACGGGAGAUGGGUGAGAACACACCACAUCUUUCAGAUGAGGAGCUUAUGGGACUGUCAGUGCGGGAACUUAACCACCAUCUGAGAGGUCUGUCCAAGGAGGAGGUAGCAAGAUUGAAGCAACGUCGGCGCACUCUAAAGAAUCGUGGCUAUGCGGCCAGCUGCCGAGUGAAGCGGGUGUGUCAAAAGGAGGAGCUGCAGAAGCAAAAGACGGAAUUAGAAAGGGAAGUUGAUAAGCUAGCGCGGGAGAACGCUGCCAUGCGCCUUGAGCUGGACGCCCUGCGUGGCAAGUAUGAAGCGCUGCAGGGCUUUGCCCGCACAGUCACUGCUCAUGGCACUGCUGCAAAGGUGGCAACUGCCAGCGUUAUCACGAUUGUCAAAUCUGGUUCCAACCAGGCCACCUACUCCUAGUGCUUACAAGCCAAGCCAUGAACUAAGUCCUAUUGCCAUGCCUCUGCACAGCUCUUACCUAAAGCGGCUGUAGCUGCACUGGCUCUUUCCUUCUCCCACUUUUGUUCUACCCACUGGAGGAGACACAGUUGACUUGAAGACCAAAUGGCUAAAUGUUGAACUUCGUCCUUAGUCCUUGCCUUCAUUGGAAGAUUGUGGGAAAGUGGUGUCCAACUUGUGUAAUUUUAGCUGUCAGUUAUUUGUGAAUUGGAUUACAAUGGCCAGUUAUUUCUAUUUUU